AUGGUCAACUACCUCUCUGUCCCUGAAUCAAGCAUGGCUACCAAAGUUGGUCUCGGCGUCCCAAUGCCGCUCCUCGCUCCUGCGACUGCUACAUGGGCUUUCCCAUUCGCGGCUUACUACCUUUUCCUCCAAAAUCGCAUUGUCUACCACCGUAUCACCUCGAAAACCUUCAUGGGUGACAAAUCGGACGAGUCGAAAGGCACCACUGAUCCUCUCUACGUUGCCUCACGCGCGCAGCUAAACUUUACUGAGAACGUGCCCCUCGUCCUUGGUAUCGCACUUCUCGCUGAGCUCAACGGAGCCAACAGGUCUUACAUAAACUACGCACUUGGAGCUCUGUUCGCAUUCCGUGUCAGUCACGCUGAGCUUGGCCUGAUGAUCAACGAAUCCAAGGGGCCCGGAAGAAUUGUUGGUUUCUACGGCACCCAGGCUGUACUGGCAGGUAUUGCUGGAUACGCGACGUAUCUGAUCACGGAUUACUGGAUGAUUUGA